UCAUGUACCUCUCUUAAAAAACAUAAUUACGAUUAGCUAAUUUAAUUACUAUAAUUGCUGAAGGGGAAAAGAAGACAGAAAUAUUCAGAUAAGUAUUGGCUGAACAAAAAAUGUUUGAGCCUUACACUGCUUUCAAAAGAUUAGAUUAAUUGAGAACUGGAGAAUUAACUACUUCGGAUUUGGUUGAUUUUUUAAUGGACAAUAAAAUAAAUGCAUCUAAAGCCUAAGCAGAUUAUUUAUUUUAGAAAUUAGAUUAAAAUAGAGAUGGUAGAAUUACAUAUCCAGAGUAAAGCAAUAUUUCUAUGAGUCUAGUUUUGUUAAGUCAAUACUACCUAAAGAAGACUCAAGACUUAGGUAAAUUGCAUCUCUAAGGGAUUCAUAUGCAUUAGAAAUUAACAUGUUAUUACCUACUGAAGUUGAAUGGGGACUUUCUAAAGUCUUUUAUUAAGAAAUUUAAAAUUAUAAGUAAUUAUUGUCUUUUUGAGAUUAGUUCAAUUGCAACAGCAUAAGAAAUUUUGACUGGAAGCGCAGAUUUUACAUCUCUUGAUGCAUUUAGAUGUAUUGAUCAAACAUUUUUAGGAUAUAUUACAAUUGAAACGUGAGAUAAUUUUAUAUAUAAUUUAGACUUUCAGAUUUCUUGAAAUAUAAUGGAGUUAGAUUGUCAUUUGAUGAUUUACUUGCUUUUUUUAGAGUUGUAGAUAAAGAUGCAGAUGGAAAGAUCAAUUAUUCUGAAUUAUUAGAAGCAAUAACUUUUACACCAGAUUAUUUUAAAUAAGAAAGAUAAUUUAUAGAUGAAUUAAGAAACAGUAGAGAAAGAAUAAUUUAAUUGGAAAAAGAGAAAGAAGAAUUAAAUGCUCUCAUAAGAAGUAAAGAAAGAAUUGAAGAACUCAAAAAAAGCAGAGAAUAUUUAGAAUAAUUAGAAGAUCUAAAAAAAAGUAGAGAAAAAAUUGAACAAUUAGAGGAGUUAAGAUAGAGUCGUGAAAGAUUGGAAGAACUCAAAAAAAGUAGAGAAAAAUAUGAAGAUCUAAAAAAUAGUAGAGAUAAUUUAUAAGAUUUAAAAAAAAGUAGAGAAAGAUUAGAGGAUUUAAAAAAAAGUAGAGAGAGAUUAAAUUAAUUGGAAGAGUUAAGGAAAAGUAGAUAAUAAAUGGAAGAAUUAGAAGAAUUAAAAAAAAGCAGAGAAAGACAGGCUUAAAUUGAAGAAUUAAAGAAAAGUAGAGAACGAUUAGAAGACUUAAGAAAGAGUAGAGAAAAGCUAUAACAACUUGAAUACGAAAGAAAAAAUUAAGAGAAAAUGGAAUAGCUUAAAAAUUCUAGAGAGAGGAUUGAAGAGCUUUAAAAGUAAAGAAAAAGAAUGGAGGAAUUAAAAACCUACUAAGAGGUGUUAGAAUUGUAAAAAAAAGAAAGAUAAGAGAUGGAUUUAAAAAGAAGUCAAGAAAGACUUUAAGAAUUAAAAAAGAGUAGAGAGAGAAUAGACUAGAUAGAGGCAUUGAGAAAGAGCAGAGAGUAGGAAAAAACAAUGCAAGAGAUGAAAUUAAGUAGAGAAAAAAUAGAAUAGCUUAGAGAAUCUGAAUUAAGAAUUUAGCAAUUAGAGAAUUAGCAUCGAAACUUAGAAAGAAGUAGAUAAUUAGAGAAAAUAGAAAGAGAUUUAGAAUAUGAAAGAUAAAGGAGUUAGGAGAGAAUAAAAAGAUUGGAAUUAGAGGCUGAAAUUGAAAGAAAGGAGAGAGAAAGAGCCAUAGAAGAUGAAAUAAAUUUUGUUUAAAGUAGAAUUUAUGAUACACCUAAGAGAAGAUAUUGA